CAUCAGUGCACAAAAAUGGCAGAGUCGGAGAACGAGGUGGAGGUGUUGGUCCAGAGAGUUGUAAAAGAUAUCAAUAACGCCUUCAAGAGAAACCCCAAUAUGUACGUAUAUCCACUUUAUCGAAGAUAACGACUACGAUUAGCUAGCUACAAUAUAACAUCAAAUGAAUCAUUGCAUGGUGCGCUAACGAGCUAUAUCAUUAGCUAGCUGCAUUAUUAUUCUAGCUAGAAGCUAACUAACGUUAGCCAUUACAGAUUGUUGGUCAGCUAGCUAGCAGGAUAAAAGGCUUGCCAGGGCAGCAUAGGCUUGCAAAAAUAGCAAGGGAGAUAGCUAGUGUCUUUGCUUACAUUGAGCCACAAAUCGCAGAGGAAAUAUAUUUGACUUUGCUGUGGAAUUUGUUUGCAACUUAGGUAGUUAGCUAUCUACAGUAGCUAUUCAUUAGCCAAGUAACGUUAGCAGAAAGCGCUUGUUUUCACAACAUACAAGUCAGCCGAAUAAUGUUGGAAGAGUCACACAUUCCUCGGCUUGCGACUCUCACAUGCCAUGUCAUAGCAGGUUAGUUAGUCAGGGUUUCCCAAACUCAGUCCUGGGAUUACUUGGGAACAGAUUUCCAGACUCUAAAUCAGUUUUCGUGGUGUUUUUACAGUCUAUGUCCAACAAUGAAAAAAAUAAAAUAUACAGUACCAGUCAAAAGUUUGGACACACCUACUCAUUCAAGGGUUUUUCUUUAUUAUUACUAUUUUCUACAUUGUAGAAUAAUAGUGAAGAUAUCAAAACUAUGAAAUAACACAUGGAAUCAUGUAGUAACCCAAAAAAAGUGUUAAACAAAUCAAAAUAUAUUUUAUAUUUUAGAUUCUUCAAAGUAGCCACCCUUUGCUUUGAUGACAGCUUUGCACAUGCUUGGCAUUCUCUCAACCAGCAUCACCUGGAAUGCUUUUCCAACAGUCUUGAAGGAGUAUACUCACAUAUACUGAGCACUUGUUGGCUGCUUUUCCUUCAUUCUGCGGUCCAACUCAUUCCAAACCAUCUCAAUUGGGUUGUGGUCUGGUGGAUCAUUGUCCUGUUGAAAAAUAAAUGAUAGUCCCACUAAGCGCAAACCAGAUGGGAUGGCGUAUCGCUGCAGAAUGCUGUGGUAGCCAUGCUGGUUAAAGGUGCCUUGAAUUCCAAAUAAAUCACAGACAGUGUCACCAGCAAAGCACCAUCACACCACCACCUCCAUGCUUCACAGUGGGAACCACACAUGCGAAGGUCAUCCGUUCACCUACUCUGCGUCUCACAAAGACACAGCGGUUGGAACCAAAAAUCUCAUCAAAUUUCCACCGGUCUAAUGUCCAUUGCUCGCGUUUCACCAAAGCAAGUCUCUUCUUCUUAUUGGUGUCCUUUUAGUAGUGGUUUCUUUGCAGCAAUUAGACCAUGAAGGCCUGAUUCACGCAGUCUCCCCUGAACAGUUGAUGUUGAGAUGUGUCUGUUACUUGAUCUCUGUGAAGCAUUUAUUUGGGCUGCAAUUUCUGAGGCUGGUAACUUUAAUGAACUUAUCCUCUGCAGCAGAAGUAACAAUGUCUUCCUUUCCUGUGGCGGUCCUCAUGAGAGCCAGUUUCAUCAUAGCGCUUGAUGGUUUUUGCGACUGCACAUGAAGAAACUUUCAAAGUCCGGAUUGACUGACCUUCAUGUCUUAAAGUAAUGACGGACUGUUGUUUCUCUUUGCUUAUUUGAGCUGUUCUUGCCAUAAUAUGGACUUGGUCUUUUACCAAAUAGGGCUAUCUUCUGUAUACCCCCCUACCUUGUCACAACACAACUGAUUGGCUCAAACGCAUUAAGAAGGAAAUAAAUUCCUCAAAUUAACUUUUAACAAGGCACACCUGUGAAUUGAAAUGGAUUCCAGGUGACUACCUCAUGAAACUGGUUGAGAGAAUGCCAAGAGUGCGCAAAGGGUGGCUACUUUUGAAGAAUCUCAAAUAUAACAUAUCUUUUGAUUUGUUUAACACUUUUUUGGUUACUACGUGAUUCCAUAUGUGUUAGUUCAUAGUUUUGAUGUCUUCACUAUUAUUCUACAAUGUUGAAAAUAGUAAAAAUAAAUAAAAACCCUUGAAUUAGUAGGUGUUUCCAAACUUCUGACUGGUACUAUAUAUAUAUACUUUUUAUUGUUUUUGCUCAGACAACUUGGGGGCUAAAUAAAAUUACCAGCUGGCCGCCAGUUGGGGAACUCUGAUGUAGAGUGUAUAAUGCAGAGUGUAGAAUGCAGAAUAGAACUGGAAUGUAACAAGCUUCUGUGUAGAAGCGUCCUGGACUGAGUGUUCUAAAUUAGAAGUGGCCUACAUUCUGUAACUCAUUUAAGAACAGGGUGUGAAUGCUUUAACUUUGAUGUUGAACAUUCCAGAUCUUUUCCCUUUCAUUUGCAUCUCCUUGAGUUUUGACAGCCAGCUCAGAGCUCAUUAUAACGAGCCUAUACAAAUAUUUCAAAGAAAGAUAUAAAAUACUGCUGCUGUACACUGCACAACGGAAAGAUAACUUUUCAUUUGAUGCACAUAUCAGUUAUUUUAUCCAGACCUUGGCUGUGACCCCACUGAAUUCAAUUCAAGGGGCUUUAUUGGCAUGGGAAACAUACGUUUACAUUGCCAAAGCAAGUGUAAUAGAUAAUAAACUAAAGUGAAAUAAACAAUAAAAAUGAACAGUAAACAUUACACAAAAGUUCCAAAGGAUUAGAGAUUCAAAUGUCAUUAUGUCUAUAUACAGUGUUUUAACGAUCUGCAAAUAGUUAAACUACAAAAGGGAAAGUAAAUAAAUAUGGGUUGUAUUUACAACGGUGUUUGUUCUUCACUGGUUGCCCUUUUCUUGUGGCAACAGGUCACAAAUAUUGCUGCUGUGAUGGCACACUGUGGUAUUUCACUCAAUAGAUAUGGGAGUCUAUCCACAUUUGAUUUGUUUUUAAAUUCUUUGUGGAUCUGUGUAAUCUGAGGGAAAUAUGUGUCUCUAAUAUGGUCAUUCAUUUGGCAGGAGGUUAGGAAGUGCUGCUCAGUUUCCACCUCAUUUUGUGGGCAGUGUGCACAUAGCCUGUCUUCUCUUGAGAGCCAGGUCUGCCACUCUCCAAAAGAGUGUCUCAGGGAGAGUUGGGAUAUGCAGAAAACACAUUUCCAAUUCACACAUGCUUAUUAAUACACACUUGUACAUGAAAUAGGACAAAUAUCAGCAAGUACCUUAGCACCCACCAAAUAAUUAUUAUAAUUUAUUAUUAUCAAAAUUAGAACAUUGUCAGACCAUGCCUGAACUUGUCUGAUUGAUUAACCUACAUUUCUACUUUAUAAGGUAAAGUUAAGAGGCAAAUAACAAACAUCUAAGCUUGAUUUGUAGUGUCAGUGUGUAUAAUGUCGCAUAGGCUUCUCCAUCCCUCCGGUGUUAUUGUAAGUGACCUGUGCUGUGCUGAGUGCAGUGCUUUGAGAAUGGCUGUGUGUGUGUUUGCGAACACUGACCUGACUCAUGCUGAUGCAUACUUAGACUACACACACACACACACCCUCAGUUAACAUCCCACCCUUCUCCUGUGUCCCUCUCAGCAUGUGCCAGAGCUGGGCUGUGUUCAGCAUAACAACAUUGUAGAACAUUCCUCUCUAGCACAUAUAAUUAGGAAUCACUUAAGUUCUAUUUGUGACGUUUUGUGUACUAUACGUGACCCUACUGCGAAAGGGACUUGUGCCGCAGUUUAAGCCAAACCUGUUCUGCUGUGUGCUCACGGCGUAGACUCUCUGGAGAUGCAUGUGUGCAAACUAGGUCUCUACAAGGCUUGUCCCCGGUCCAGACCAGUGUUAUGUUGGGCAUCUGAAAGAGGCUUGUCCCCCGUCCAGACCAGUGUUAUGUUGGGCAUCUGAAAGAGGCUUGUCCCCCGUCCAGACCAGUGUUAUGUUGGGCAUCUGAAAGAGGCUUGUCCCCCGUCCAGACCAGUGAUAUGUUGGGCAUCUGAAAGAGGCUUGUCCCCCGUCCAGACCAGUGAUAUGUUGGGCAUCUGAAAGAGGCUUGUCCCCCGUCCAGACUAGUGUUAUGUUGGGCAUCUGAAAGAGGCUUGUCCCCCGUCCAGACCAGUGAUAUGUUGGGCACUAAAAGCUCCUUCAACUAGAGACCUGUUUGAGCUAGAUACAACCCUACCCCAGACAGUGAAUAAAGCCUGUCCAUUAGACUGGGGUGGAGGUUGUUGCUCCUUAUUGCUGUGUGUGCUGGUCAAAAUGUUAUUGCUGUGCGUGUGAGUGAGCACAUGCAUGUGUAUCUGAGAUUGUGUGUUUAAAGUAGCAGGCAGAAAAAGACGCCUGAGCAGAGUCCCCACAACAGUUUUUCAGGGGAAACGGAAGGUAAGUUGAGAUACUGUAUCCCUGAAAACUGGAAACAUCCGAUUUCUGCUGAUCCUGCGGAGAGUGGAGUGUUUUUGUGUCCUUGUAGUGUUAGAGCAAUGAGCAUGCAGGUUUUUACACACACAAUCUCUCUCUCUCUCUCCCUCCCUCUCCCAGUGAUGAGAUAGGUCUGAUCCCGUGUCCAGAGGUCAGGUAUAACCGCAGCCCCAUCAUGCUGGUAGAGAACAAGCUGGGGGUGGAGAGCUGGUGUGUCAAGUUCCUGCUCCCCUACGUCCACAACAAGCUAGUGCUCUACAGGCAGCGCAAACAGUGGCUGGACAGGGAAGGUAAGAAGAAGAAUACUUUAUUGUCCAGUUUCCUAACAGUCCACAGAAAUGUAUUUUUGCUUUUAAUCCAACCCCCCCGAGAGAGACAUACACACAUUUCCCCAGAGGGGGUUGGAAGCACAGGUCCACCAUGAUGCAGCUUUACCCUCUGGAACAGUUCAAGGUUAAGUGUCUUGCUCAAGGGCACAACGGCAGGAGAUGGCAUCAACACAUUUUCAUACCUGCUGCUUUUAGGACAGGGAAUGUAACACCUUCUGUACAGCUGCUGGCUUUGGGACUUCUCGCUGUAGAUAGGAAGGGUUACUGUGCGCUGUAGAUAGGAAGGGUUACUGUGCGCUGUAGAUAGGAAGGGUUACUGUGCGCUGUAGAUAGGAAGGGUUACUGUGCGCUGUAGAUAGGAAGGGUUACUGUGCGCUGUAGAUGGGAAGGGUUACUGUGCGCUGUAGAUAGGAAGGGUUACUGUGCGCUGUAGAUGGGAAGGGUUACUGUGCGCUGUAGAUAGGAAGGGUUACUGUGCGCUGUAGAUAGGAAGGGUUACUGUGCGCUGUAGAUGGGAAGGGUUACUGUACGCUGUAGAUAGGAAGGGUUACUGUGCUCUGUAGAUAGGAAGGGUUACUGUGCGCUGUAGAUAGGAAGGGUUACUGUGCGCUGUAGAUAGGAAGGGUUACUCGCUGUAGAUGGGAAGGGUUACGCGCUGUAGAUAGGAAGGGUUACUGUGCGCUGUAGAUGGGAAUGGUUACUGUGCGCUGUAGAUGGGAAGGGUUACUGUGCGCUGUAGAUAGGAAGGGUUACUGUGCGCUGUAGAUAGGAAGGGUUACUGUGCGCUGUAGAUGGGAAGGGUUACUGUGCGCUGUAGAUGGGAAGGGUUACUGUGCGCUGUAGAUGGGAAGGGUUACUGUGCGCUGUAGAUAGGAAGGGUUACUGUGCGCUGUAGAUAGGAAGGGUUACUGUGCGCUGUAGAUGGGAAGGGUUACUGUACGCUGUAGAUAGGAAGGGUUACUGUGCUCUGUAGAUAGGAAGGGUUACUGUGCGCUGUAGAUAGGAAGGGUUACUGUGCGCUGUAGAUAGGAAGGGUUACUCGCUGUAGAUGGGAAGGGUUACGCGCUGUAGAUAGGAAGGGUUACUGUGCGCUGUAGAUGGGAAGGGUUACUGUGCGCUGUAGAUAGGAAGGGUUACUGUGCGCUGUAGAUGGGAAGGGUUACUGUGCGCUGUAGAUAGGAAGGGUUACUGUGCGCUGUAGAUAGGAAGGGUUACUGUGCGCUGUAGAUGGGAAGGGUUACUGUGCGCUGUAGAUAGGAAGGGUUACUGUGUGCUGUAGAUAGGAAGGGUUACUGUGCGCUGUAGAUAGGAAGGGUUACUGUGCGCUGUAGAUGGGAAGGGUUACUGUGCGCUGUAGAUAGGAAGGGUUACUGUGCGCUCUAGAUGGGAAGGGUUACUGUGCGCUGUAGAUAGGAAGGGUUACUGUGCGCUGUAGAUGGGAAGGGUUACUGUGCGCUGUAGAUGGGAAGGGUUACUGUGCGCUGUAGAUAGGAAGGGUUACUGUGCGCUGUAGAUGGGAAGGGUUACUGUGCGCUGUAGAUGGGAAGGGUUACUGUGCGCUGUAGAUAGGAAGGGUUACUGUGCGCUGUAGAUAGGAAGGGUUACUGUGCGCUGUAGAUAGGAAGGGUUACUGUGCGCUGUAGAUAGGAAGGGUUACUGUGCGCUGUAGAUGGGAAGGGUUACUGUGCGCUGUAGAUGGGAAGGGUUACUGUGCGCUGUAGAUGGGAAGGGUUACUGUGCGCUGUAGAUGGGAAGGGUUACUGUGCGCUGUAGAUAGGAAGGGUUACUGUGCUCUGUAGAUGGGAAGGGUUACUGUGCGCUGUAGAUAGGAAGGGUUACUGUGCGCUCUAGAUGGGAAGGGUUACUGUGCGCUGUAGAUAGGAAGGGUUACUGUGCGCUGUAGAUGGGAAGGGUUACUGUGCGCUGUAGAUAGGAAGGGUUACUGUGCGCUGUAGAUAGGAAGGGUUACUCGCUGUAGAUAGCAAGGGUUACUGUACUCUGAAGGGCUAUGCCUAAAACAUUGGUUUCUAGAGAAAGGAAGAAGUUGUGGUCUAAGUCAUAUAAAUUUAACUUUUGGGGAUGUGGCUAAAUCCUGUCGUUAUCAUUUUGGACUGAAAUAAUUUAUUGUACCAAACAAAAUGGGCAUUAUAGAUGGCUUUACUUGUUUUUUAAAUAAUCAGUUGAUAUAAUCUGACCUGUCUCUGUCUCUUCCUCUUCCAGCUCUGGUAGACAUCACCUGCACUCUGCUGCUGCUCAACCCAGACUUCACCACUGCUUGGAAUGUCAGGUAAGAACUCCGGCUCUGGGUUGUGUAAAGGCUAUGAUGUGUAUAUGUUGUGGCCACAUUGAACAAGCCCUCUAAAUAGACCCACUCCAUCCUCUCACUCCCCAUUGGCUAUACCAGGGGUGGGCAACAUAUGGGAGGUUUGAGUAAAAAUUAGGGUUUUUGGGCGGGGGGGGGGGGGGGAUUAUUAUUUUGGGGUAAACACUCCAGACCAAUCUUCAACAUGUAAAACUAGAUAGAAAGUAUGUAGAAAUUAUAAUGGACCUAUACGUUUUGAAAUAACUGCCAAGACGACGCCUAAGGGUCAGUACGCCCUUCCCCCUCUGAGGGGCCAAAAUGGAUCUCUCUGUUAAAGUAUCCAGAGGACUGACUAUUGUGACAAAAUAAUACUAUAUAUCCAUGUCUGGUUUCUAUCUGAAACGUGUCCUCUGAUGCUGUCUAUAUGGAUGUAUGAUCUCUGUGGUAACUUGUGUCUGGACAGGGUGAAUUCUGAAUUACUAUAUGCAAAAAAGGUUUUAUGAUCCUCUCAGGAAUUCUGUCUUAUUUCACAGUGGUCUCAUCCCCCGCACAAGCCUUUAGAUGCUGGAGCUAUCAUAUCUUGGGCAGCUAUAGUCUGGAUUAGUUUCUGCCUGAUUGAGUUUAGAUCAAUCUGCUCAACUCAAGAGUAUCGUGUAAAUCAUUCAUUGACGUAAACAGGAGACUUGGUGAAAAAUCUAGUUGAGUGAUCUGAUCUAUAGUCGUACUACAGUCAGAAUCUGACAAGGCAAUGCAUGGUACUGACCCAGAUAUGGCCCAUCGUUAUCAUCAGAGACUAGCAGCGGCCUCUCUCUUCCCUGCUUUAGGUUUCUGGUUGCCAAAUGGCACCCUAUUCCCUAUAUAGUGUACUACUUUUGUAGGGAACAGGAUGCCAUUUGGGACCCAGCCUCUCUCGACCCAGCCUCUCUCGACCCAGCCUCUCUCGACCCAGCCUCUCGACCCAGCCUCUCUCGACCCAGCCCAGCUCUGUUGGUUAUUAGGGUUCUGGAUGAGAUCCAGUCACUGUGUCCUGCUGGCCUGUGACCUGCUUCUCUCUCUCUGCUGCUCUUUCAUAUAUAUAUGGGCCCUGUGUAGCUCAGUUGGUAGAGCAUGGCGCUUGCAACGCCAGAGUUGUGGGUUCGAUUCCCACGGGUGGCCAGUAUGAAAAAAAAAAAAAAAAAAGUAGCCUGGCCUCGAUGUUGGACUUGGUAGUUGAUUCUUGUUUCAGGCAGUUAUCCUCAUCAGUGAGUUCGAGUUCAUAAGUGCAGUUCAUUUAUAUCAAGGGGAUGCGAGACGUGAAGCAGCUGUUUUAAAAUCCAGCUGUUUGUACCCUAUUACACGUGAUACCUUCAACUUGUGCUUACAGUUUUGGCCAGGAGAUGGAGCUAAAUAUCAAAUUUUAACCAUAUGCGCUACAGAGGUUUAACAUGUAUAACGGCAGUGUUAUUCAACCUUCCUGGAGAGCUUUUGUUCGAACUCGGCACUAACACACCCAAUUCAGUUAAUCACUAGUCAUCAAGGUGUUUUAGUGCUGGGUUGGAAUAUAAACCUGCACACACACCCUGUGUUGGUCUCCAGGACUUGGAUUGAAGAACAUUUUACAGGGAGGUAUUUUAAGGGUUUGUGACUCUGGGCCGGUUUCCUGGACACAGACUAAACCUAGUCCUGGACUAAAAAGCAGGCUCAAUGGAGAAUAUCAACAGAGAAUGGUUUUUAGUCGAGGCUUAAUCUGUGUCUGGGAAUCCGUCCCUGUGUGUGUUGGUGUCUCCAAACCUGUUGUUCUGUUGAUGACAUUUUCUUUAACACAUUGCCCUGACUCCCAACACCGUCUACUGCCCUGAACCAAUCAGCUCAGCUUAGUCUUCCCCCUGAGUGCAGAGUGGACCCAACAGCGUUAAGACACAGGUCCUCCCUUCAAAGACAACACCCUGGUCAAAUCAUUCUGUCAUACCAAAUGGCCGUAUCCAACUGUCAAGGUCACGACCUAACCUGUGCCUGUUGAAUUGGAUUAAACCAAGGCCUUCUUCCCCAAACAGAGAAUAUAACCUCAGUCAGCAGCGUUGCCAUGGUGGAUUUAGUCUGUGAGUUUUUGUAUUUUUGACUAGACUCUUUUUCUGUCAUCGAGCUCCUAACCCUCUUUGAGGCAUGUAUGUGAGAGAAAGAGAAUUGAUCAGUUAUUUUGUGGAGUGUUUCUUAAAACAAACACAAGUAUGCAAAUAGCAUACACAAAACUACAAUGCAGUAACAAAAUAUUCACAUCAGGAGCAUUGAGAGAGUCAUCAAGUCAUUGAAUAGUUCCUCUGUCUGUUCUGCUCUGGCAGGAAGGAACUGCUGCAAUGUGGAGCCCUGAGUCCAGAGAGAGACCUGUACCUGGGAAAACUGGCCCUCACCAAGUUCCCCAAGAGCCCUGAGACAUGGAUACACAGGUAGGACUGGUCGGGGGGGGGGGGUUCACGUUAGUUUUUAAAUAUUAAACUGUAACUGUUAGGGAUUGGAUGGAAAAGGCGAUACAGUUACAUAUCGGGAUGGUAUUUCUGACGAUAUGUCGUAUCGUUUUGACGAUAUCGCAAUAGUAGUUUUGCGCUAGUUGGUUGUAACUGCACCAAAACAAAGCUAUUUGUUUUCAGCUUACGGUGAGCAAUAUGUUUGGAACAUCGAAUCGCAUUAAAAUCACAGUAUCAAAUAGCAAUACAUAUAGAGUCGUAGAAUCGCAAUACAUAAUUAUCGUGAAAAGGAAUCGUGAGGUCCCUGGCAAUUCUGGGCGGCAGGUAGCUUAGUGGGUAAGAGCGUUGUGCCAGUAACCGAAAGGUCGCUGGUUCUAAUCCCCGAGCCAACUAGGUGAAAAAUCUGUCGAUGUGCCCUUGAGCAAGGCACUUAACCCUAAUUGCUCCUGUAAGUCGCUCUGGAUAAGAGCGUCUGCUAAAUGACUAAAAUGUAAAUGUAAUUCCCAGCCCUAGCAACUGUGACGAUUUUUACGAUGCACGUCUCGUCGCCAGUGGACCAAAAUACACUAUAUAUUCAAAAGUAUGUGGACACCCCUUCAAAUUAGUGGAUUUGGCUAUUUCAGCCACACCCGUUGCUGACAGGUGUAUAAAAUCGAGCACACCGCCAUGCAAUCUCCAUAGACAAACAUUGGCAGUAGAAUGGCCUUACUGAAGAGCUCAGUGGCUUUCAAUGUGGCACCGUCAUAGGAUGCCUCCGUUACAAGAAGUCAGUUCGUCAGAUUUGUGCCCUGCUAGAGCUGCCCCGGUCAACUGUAAGUGCUGUUAUUGUGAAGAGAAAACGUCUAGGGGCAACAACGGCUCAGCCGCAAAGCGGUAGGCCACACAAUCUCACCGAACGGGACCGCCGAGUGCUGAAGCCCAUAUCACGUAAAAAUCACCUGUCCUUGGUUGCAACACUCACUACUGAGUUCCCAACUGCCUCUGGAAGCAACGUCAGCACAAUAACUGUUCGUCGGGAGCUCAUGAAAUGGGUUUCCAUGGCCAAGCAGCCGCACACAAGCCUAAGAUCACCAUGCACAAUGCCAAGCGUCGGCUGGAGUGGUGUAAAGCUUGCCGCCAUUGGACUGUGGAGCAGUGGAAACGCGUUCUCUGGAGUGAUGAAUCACGCUUCACCAUCUGGCAGUCCGAUGGACGAAUCUGGUUUUGGCGGAUGCCAGGAGAACGCUACCUGCCCCAAUGCAUAGUGCCAACUGUAAAGUUUGGUGGAGGAGGAAUAAUGGUCUGGGGCUGUUUUUCAUGGUUUGGGCUAGGCUCCUUAGUUCCAGUGAUGAGAAAUCUUAUCGCUACAGCAUACAAUGGCAUUGUAGAUGAUGCUGUGCUCCCGACUUUGUGGCAACAGUUUGGGGAAGGCCCUUUCCUGUUUCAGCAUGGCAAUGUCCCCGUGUGUCUACAUACUUUUGGUAAUGUAGUGUACUUUAGUGCCUCUAAACUGAUAGCAUUUAUAGGUUCCACUGUAAAUAUUCUCACUCACUCACGCACAUAAAUAUAAAGAAAAACCUUUGAAUGAAUAGGUGUGUCCAAACUUUUGACUGAUACUGUGUGUGUAUAUAUAUACACACAGUGGGGAGAACAAGUAUUUGAUACUUUGCAGGUUUUCCUACUUACAAAGCAUGUAGAGGUCUGUACUUUUUAUCAUAGGUACACUUCAACUGUGAGAGACGGAAUCUAAAACAAAAAUCCAGAAAAUAACAUUGGAUGAUUUUUAAGUAAUUAAUUUGCAUUUUAUUGCAUGACAUAAGUAUUUGAUCACCUACCAACCAGUAAGAAUUCCGGCUCUCACAGACCUGUUAGUUUUUCUUUAAGAAGCCCUCCUCUUCUCCACUCAUUACCUGUAUUAACUGCACCUGUUUGAACUCAUUACCGGUAUAAAAGAAACCUGUCCACACACUCAAUCAAACAGACUCCAACCUCUCCACAAUGGCCAAGACCAGAGAGCUGUGUAAGGACAUCAGGGAUAAAAUUGUAGACCUGCACAAGGCUGGGAUGGGCUACAGGACAAAAGGCAAGCAGCUUGGUGAGAAGGCAACAACUGUUGGCGCAAUUAUUAGAAAAUGGAAGAAGUUCAAGAUGACGGUCAAUCACCCUCGGCCUGGGGCUCCAUGCAAGAUCUCACCUCGUGGGGCAUCAAUGAUCAUGAGGAAGGUGAGGGAUCAUCCCAGAACUACACGGCAGGACCUGGUCAAUGACCUGAAGAGAGCUGGGACCACAGUCUCAAAACAUUUACAUUUACGUCAUUUAGCAGACGCUCUUAUCCUGGGACCACAGUCUCAAAGAAAACCAUUAGUAACACACUACGCCGUCAUGGAUUAAAAUCCUGCAGCGCACGCAAGGUCCCCCUGCUCAAGCCAGCACAUGUCCAGGCCCGUCUGGAGUUUGCCAAUGACCAUCUGGAUGAUCCAGAGGAGGAAUGGGAGAAGGUCAUGUGGUCUGAUGAGACAAAAAUAGAGCUUUUUGGUCUAAACUCCACUCGCCGUGUUUGGAGGAAGAAGGAUGAGUACAACACCAAGAACACCAUCCCAACCGUGAAGCAUGGAGGUGAAACAUCAUUCUAUGGGGAUGCUUUUCUGCAAAGGGGACAGGAUGACUGCACCGUAUUGAGGGGAGGAUGGAUUGGAGGGAGCUGAAAGUCUGUAUUGCCCAGCAACAGCCCUGAAACCUGAAGGAUCUGGAGAAGGUCUGUAUGGAGUAGUGAGCCAAAAUCCCUGCUGCAGUGUGUGCAAACCUGGUCAAGACCUACAGGAAACGUAUGAUCUCUGUAAUUGCAAACAAAGGUUUCUGUACAAAAUAUUAAGUUCUGCUUUUCUGAUGUAUCAAAUACUUAUGUCAUGCAAUAAAAUGCAAAUUAAUUACUUAAAAAUCAUACAAUGUGAUUUUCUGGAUUUUUACAGACCUACAUGCUUUGUAAGUAGGAAAACCUGCAAAAUCGGCAGUGUAUCAAAUACUUGUUCUCCCCACUGUAUAUACACACAAACACACUCUUGCACUGUACUCGACACACACACAUACUACACUGACACUCCAACACAUGCAUACACACACACACCCUAUAUUGCAUAUUGACGCCACGCACACUCACGCACACUCACGCACACUCACACAUACUCUUUCACCCUCUUCACACGAUGCUACUAUUCUGUUUAUCUAUCCUGAUUGGCUAGUCACUUUUACUGCUACCUACAUGUACAUUUUACCUCGUACCCGUUGUUUUUAUUUUGUGCCAAUUUUCGUACUUUUUAACUCUGCAUUGUUGGGAAUGGGCUCGUAAGUGGGAGAGGGAGGGAUGGGUGAUGGAGAGAAAGAGGGUGGAGAAAAACGGAGGAUAAGAAAGAGCGAGAGAAACAGGUAGGCACAGAAAGAGGGUGAGAGCGAUGAGUUAAGAGAUUUAUUUUGAGAGACAGAGUGGACCAGGUCAGCCUACUUCCCACAGUUUACCAGCGAGCGGGAGCAAGGUUUUAACUUCACUCCCUGCCGGGAGGCCGUAUAAUCAUAUCCCAUCAGAUAGACACCCUGCCUGCCCCAAGGGAGCCUGGGAGAUUAGUAGGGUCACGUGGUCAUCACUGCCCUGGCCUGGGUUUCAUUCAGAUUAUUGGAGGGGGAGGAAGGGAGAGAGGGGGAGGAAGGGAGAGGGGAAGGAAGCGAGAGAGAGAGAGAGGAAGAGCGAGAGAGGGGGGGAGAGAGAGAGAGAGGGGGAGGAAGAGAGAGAGAGGGGAGGGAAGAGAGAGAGAGAGAGAGGGAGGGAGGUAAAGGAGGGAGAGAGAGGGCGGGAGAGGGAUGGAGAGGGUGAAAGAUGAAGGGUGAGAAGAAAAGAGAGGGAAGGAUGGAGGUUGAAGGAGAAGUAGAGAUAUUACCCCCUAACAUCUGUGCCAUGCAAGGUCAUGGCAUGGCUGUUUUUGUGUGGGAAUUGUGCUGCCUGCUAGUGAGGGGAGAGGAGGUUCCAGAGGGGGAUUCCAGCAGCAGUGUGUUUACACCUCUAGCUCAGUGGGAUUCCAUGUCGGGAUCUGUAGUGGGGUCGCCCAAAAAACUCAAACAAAAAGUUGUAUGGGACAAUAUACAAACAUUAAAAAAAAAAGAUAAUUAGAAAAAUACAACUUAUCGAGUAAAUGUAUUUAUUGGUUUCUUUUCAUUUUGAUAAGAGAUGGAAAUCUAUUGAAUUGAAGGUUAUUUGUUGAUCAAAUUAAAAUGUACAAUUUUUAAGGUUGUCGUUAGAUUUGGGAUGGGGUCGCGAGAAUUUUUAUUUGCCAAAGAAAUGGGGUCCUCAGAAAUUCUUGAGGGAAAAAAAUUGGGUCCCCGCUGAAAAAGUUUUAAUACCACUGAUCUAGCCGUAGCAUGUGAACAGAACAGGGAUUAUUAUGUCAUAGUAAUGGAGGACGAACACAUAGGUUUCAUCCCAAAUUUCAUCCUAUUCCCUAUAUAGUGCACUACUUUUGACAGGCUAAAGUAGUGCGCUACAUAGGGAAUAGGGUGCCAUUUGGGACAUAUCCAUGACCACGGUGAAUGGUGGUUCCUACUUGACCAUAUAUGGUGUUUACAGGACAUGAUCUGAUAUGACCCCAAAUAGGGCUGUCCCCGACAAAAUAUAAAGUAAUCUGUUCUUUCAACUAAUCAAUUGGUCGAAAUCUUCAAAUGUAUAUUUUUCCAUAUAUAGACACACCCGAUGUCUUUUUAAUAGAAUCAACUAUAUAUGCAAUGAGCUUGUCUGAUGCUUUAAGCGGACUGUUUGAUGAAAUAAGACACAUAUUACUCAAGAGGGGUCCAAAGAUCAAGAUAACCAUCCUCCUCCCGUUCCUCCCGGCCUCCCGAGUGGCACAGUGGUCUAAGGCACUGUAUCGCAGUGCUAGCUGUGCCACUAGAGAUCCUGGUUUGAAUCCAGGCUCUGUCGUAGCCGGCCGCGACCGGGAGAACCAUGGGGCGGCGCACAAUUGGCCCAGCGUCGUCCAGGGUAGGGGAGAGAAGGGCCGGCAGGGAUGUAGCUCAGUUGGUAGAGCAUGGCGUUUGCAACGCCAGGGUUGUGUGUUCGAUUCCCACGGGGGGCCAGUAUGAAAAAUAAAAAAUAAAUAAUGUAUGCACUCACUAACUGUAAGUCGCUCUGGAUAAGAGCGUCUGCUAAAUGAUUAAAAUGUAAGAUUGUAAAAUGUUCCUACUGGCUUUCGCAGAUUCUGCCUUUACCUGAAGUUGCCGGUACAUGAGGAGUCGCCAAUUUAUCUUACCAGUUCUACCGAUCUGUGUGCCAGUUAUGGUUUUCAUAUGCACAUUUUGGUAUCUCAAAAUCAUUGUCAUGUGGUUAAUUGAAAUUCUAUCCAAAUCUAAAUGAAAAUGAUACAAACCUAAAAAGUAACUUCAAUUGCCAUUGCCAACUAUGUAAAAAAUAGCCCAUAAAGCCAACAAAUAAAAACAUUGCAGCCUGCAGGUAGAAAAUAUCCAGACAAAAAUAAAUAUCCUAUGAAUCGCAAGGAAUAAGAAGUAAUCAGGUAGGCCUAUUUUAUGUUUCCACUUCAUCAGAGCAUUACAUUUUUCCCUUUCAGGUUGAGUGGUUAUCAAAAGGGGCUGGAAAGAUUUUUCAAAUACAUUGAGAAACUAUGGUCAAUCUCAAUGGAUGUAAAAACAGACUUUGUUUACUUGGUGUUUUGAGGUGAAGAAAAUGUUUCUUUGAGAAGCUCCACAGGUCAUUAAUGGUGGUGAGUUAAGACAAUCAGAAAUACUAUCAGAUCCCCAAAUGUGGAAAUUUGAUACGCCUACAUUUGCGCGCAGGCCAGUUAGCCUAUAGGCCUACUUCUAUGCGUAAUAAGGAGCGGAUCCUUACUCAACAUUGACAGGAGCGCUCCAAACAAAAGACAAUGACUAAAUUGACAACUUGUAUAUGGAAUGACAUUUUUACAUUUUAGACAUUUAGCAGACUUACAGUUAGUAAACCAAAACUUGUUUCUCACAAGUGUAGCAUAGGUUGUGCACUCUGCAAACAGUGUCCACUCCGACAAUGAGAACGGUAAGACUGGAAUAAUAUAUUGAAUGCAUUAACAGAAAUUAUCGUAACCAAUGAUAGGAAUGAAAUUAUAGGAAUUAACGGUAAAUGUACUACUGGUGAAGCAUGUAAUGGGGGAAUUGAUAAGACACUAACAGUCAAACGCAAACAAUUCACACAAUGAAGUUAUGAAACAAUGAACGUGCUGGAGAGAGAGGUGCAUUGUGCAUCUUAGUCACACUCCCCUUCUUCUUGGACUGUGCCAUCCCCGUGGCCUCCACAAUGGUUUAGUCCACUGAGAUGGGCACGAAUAACACAGGUGUCUCGUGUGCCAUUAAAAACCAGUCAAAAGUUUGGACACACCUACUCAUUCUAGGGUUCUUCUUUAUUUUUAUUUCAUCAAAACUAUGAAAUGACACAUGGAAUCAUAUAGUAACCAAAAAAGUGUUAAACAAAUCAAAAUAUAUUUUAUAUUUGAGUUUCUUUAAAUUAGCCACCCUUUGCCUUGAUGACGGCUUUGCACACUCUUGGCAUUCUCUCAACCAGCUUCAUGAGGAAUACUUUUCCAUCAGUCUUGAAGGAGUUCCCACAUAUGCUGACCACUUGUUGGCGGCUUUUCCUUCACUCUGCGGUCCAACUCAUCCCAAACCAUCACAAUUGGGUUGAGGUCAGGUGAUUGUGGAGGCCAGGUCAUCUGAUGCAGCACUCCAUCACCCUCCUUCUUGGUCAAAUAGCCCUUACACAGCCUGGAAGUGUGUUGGGUCAUUGUCCUGUUGAAAAACAAAUGAUAGUCCCACUAAGCCCAAACCAGAUGGGAUGUUGUAUCGCUGCAGAGUGCUGUGGUAGCCAUGCUGGUUAAGUGUGCCUUGAAUUCUAAAUAAAUCAGACAGUGUCACCAGCAAAGCACCCCCACACCAUCACACCACCUCCUCCAUGCUUUACGGUGGGAAAUACACAUGCGGAGAUCAUCCGUUCACCCACACCGCGUCUCACAAAGACACAGCGGUUGGAACCAAAAAUCUCAAAAUUGGACUCCAGACCAAAGGACAAAUUUCCACCGGACUAAUGUCCAUUGCUCGUGUUCCUUGGCCCAAGCAAGUCUCUUCUUCUUAUUGGUGUCCUUUAGUAGAGGUUUCUUUGCACUUGAAGAAACUUUCAAAGUUCUUGAAAUGUUCUGUAUUGACUGACCUUCAUGUCUUAAAGUAAUGAUGGACUGUCGUUUCUCUUUGCUUAUUUGAGCUGUUCUUGCCAUAAUAUGGACUUGGUCUUUUACCAAAUAGGGCUAUCUUCUGUAUACCACCCCUACCUUGUCACAACACAACUGAUUGCCUCAUACGCAUUAAGAAGGAAAGAAAUUCCACAAAUGCAUUCCAGGUGACUACCUCAUGAAGCUGGUUGAGAGAAUGCCAAGAGUGUGCAAAGCUGUCAUCAAAGCAAAAGGGUGGCUAUUUGAAGAAUCUCAAAUAUAAAUUAUAUUUUGAUUUGUUUAACACUUUUUUGGUUACUACAUGAUUCCAUAUGUGUUAUUUCAGAGUUUUGAUGUCUUCACUAUUAUUCUAUAAUGUAGAAAAUAGUUUUAAAAAAUAAAGAAAAACCCUUGAAUGAGUAGGUGUUCUAAAACUUUUGACCGGUAGUGUGUGUAUACACACACACACACCGUGCAUUCGGAAAGUAUUCAGACCCCUUGACCUUUCCACAUUAAGUUACAGCCUUUUUCUUAAAUGUAUUAAAUUGUUUUCUACACACAAUACCCCAUAAUGACAAAGCAAAAACCAACAGCCUAUGACCAAACAAUCGACGAGUCGAGUAAUUGGGGUCAGCCCUAACCCCAUAUGACCCCCCCAUCUGACCAGCAAAGGGUUUAGCAGCCUGAGAAGACUUUGGUUGCCCCAUGUAUACUGAGAAAUGCCACGGGAGUUGAUAUUUCACUGAAGAAGCCGUCUUGUAUUGAUGUUAUCCAUGUCGUUUUUGUGUCCAAGCUCUGUUGUUGAACCAAAUGGUUAGGUUGUGGUUGGUUCUGGGUGUAGGGCUGUUGUUUUGGGAGCCAGCCGAGGGUGUUUGAAGUGUGUGUGUGGUGCGUGUCUCUAACAUGUCCCCCGUGUUUCCAGGCGCUGGAUACUACAGCAGGUGUUACGGGAGUGUUCUCCCCCCGUGCCGGACAGGAAGGAGCAGGGGGACGGUGAUCGGCGUGACGCAGCAGAUCGGAUGCGUCUGAGUGAGCACCUCCACAGGGUCCUACACGACGAGAUGAAGGUGUGUGCCGACGCCGCCGGCCGUUACCCUAGCAACUACAAUGCCUGGUCGCACCGUAUUUGGGUCCUGCAGAACAUGGCCCCGGGCAACCUCAAGGUAGGAGUAGGACGAGAUGGGCUCUACAUCUGUCUCUCGCUCUCAUUCUCUCUCAUUCUCUCUCAUUCUCUCUCUCCCUCUCCCUCUCCCUCUCCCUCUCCCUCUCCCUCUGCCUCUGCCUCUGCCUCUGCCUCUCUGCCUCUGCCUCUUAAAUAUAGCCUAUGUUAAUUGUACAUGGUCUGUGUUAAAACAAAAGCUCUUUCAAUGUAACCUCUCUGUGUUCUAGUCAGGCAGGCAGCUAGCAGGUCUUCUACUGCCAGGAAGGUCGGGAAUCCUGACCGACCGGCCACUCUGUGUCAGUCAGGAGUGUUUAUAGUGUCUCCAGCCUCUCUGCCUCACGCCUCAUCUCUCUGGCCUGUCACUGUGCUUUUUCACCAUGAGGAUAGGACCAUUCUGGUCCAUUGAACUGAUCUGGGGACAGCCAAGCCCCAAGGACUGAGCCCUAGGGAUUUAAAGGUGUAUGGAGAGUUUUUUGUUGUUGUGGCUCAGUGGAUCCCAGUCUUGUUUUUAAGCCACAGUGGCAUUCCCAGGAUAUGGAGUGAUGCUAUGGUUGGACCAGGGAUAUAGAGCUAUGGUAGGACCAGGGAUAUAGAGCUAUGGUAGGACCAGGGAUAUAGAGCUAUGGUAGGACCAGGGAUAUAGAGCUAUGGUAGGACCAGGGAUAUAGAGCUAUGGACCAGGGAUAUAGAGCUAUGGUUGGACCAGGGAUAUAGAGCUAUGGUAGGACCAGGGAUAUAGAGCUAUGGUAGGACCAGGGAUAUAGAGCUAUGGUAGGACCAGGGAUAUAGCGCUAUGGUAGGACCAGGGAUAUAGAGCUAUGGUAGGACCAGGGAUAUAGAGCUAUGGUUGGACCAGGGAUAUAGAGCUAUGGUAGGACCAGGGAUAUAGAGCAAUGGUAGGACCAGGGAUAUAGAGCUAUGGUAGGACCAGGGAUAUAGAGCUAUGGUAGGACCAGGGAUAUAGAGCUAUGGUAGGACCAGGGAUAUAGAGCUAUGGUAGGACCAGGGAUAUAGAGCUAUGGUAGGACCAGGGAUAUAGAGCUAUGGUAGGACCAGGGAUAUAGAGCUAUGGUAGGACCAGGGAUAUAGAGCUAUGGUAGGACCAGGGAUAUAGAGCUAUGGUAGGACCAGGGAUAUAGAGCUAUGGUAGGACCAGGGAUAUAGAGCUAUGGUAGGACCAGGGAUAUAGAGCUAUGGUAGGACCAGGGAUAUAGAGCUAUGGUUGGACCAGGGAUAUAGAGCUAUGGUUGGACCAGGGAUAUAGAGCUAUGGUAGGACCAGGGAUAUAGAGCUAAUGGCCUGGUACUCAGGACUCUAUUGUCCCUCUAACCAGUCUGACAUCAAGGCAAAUGCAAUUGAAAAUCACAUCAAACACAGUAUCUGCUUUUAAAACUCACCUCACUGCGAUAAUCAAUUUGAAGAAAAGUUCAACAGCAGGUUGAAACUGAGUAGAAAACAUUGUCGUUGUGGAUGUUGUUUCAAAGCCUAACACAAUGAAAUAGAGCGCUUUCUAAGGUGAUGAUUAAUUCAAAACCUCAUACGCAUAUUAGAGCUUAUGGCAUAUGCUUAUGAGCACAAGCCCCCCCCCCCCCCCCCCCCCCCCCCCCAAAAAAAAAAACGGAAUUAAAAUGAUUUUGCUGUUUUACAAUACAUAGCCUACCGCAUAUUACGCACUGGCAGAAAAACAUAAAACAAAACUGAUUUAAGAUGUCUUUGGUACAUAAUUGGUCUAGCCUAUACUCCAAAAUUAAACACAUUUGAGUAAUCACCUUUGAGGGUGGACUGUAUUAUUAUACAUACUGGAUGGAGUGGUUAGCUUAUGAUAUACUCAAAUUUCUAUCCAGGAGUCUGGGAGAGAAUGUAUAGGCCUAGUAGAGGCUGUUGGUUAAUUGAUUGUGCAGGGUGGCUUACAGUUAGCCUACAGUUAUAGUGAAUUUGUAUUUGAUUUUGAAUAGCCUAGUCAUAGGGAUUUUUUUUAUUUUUUUUUCAUAAUUAAUUGAGUGACACUUUACCUUUUUAGCUAUACAGAAUAUCUCAUCACCGUGCGUUCCCAUCUCCUCCUCUCUCUCCUUUAUUCCUUUCUCGAGUGUGCAGCUGGGCUGUCAACAGUUUAGUGAAAUAUGUUUAGUUGCGAAAACGUUAUUAUCGAUGUUCCCGAACAGAUUUCACUUGGUUUCCCAAAAUUAAGCACUGGGUAGCUGCAGGGACAGGGUUGGAGAGCCCAUGACAUACGGAGUUUGGGUGGAAUAUCACCUGUCGCGCAGCGAGAGCGUGCUCCUGAAACAGUGGUUGAUGUGAGGAGUGAAAUAAGUGUUCUUAUAAGCCCAGACGUUUCUAUAUGCAAUCCCGUGUGUAAGCAGACUUUUGAUGGUUCCCACUAAAAAGAGGAGAAUCCCAGCAUUUCUCAGCUGCUCAUAUUUAGCACAUGCUUCGCUAUUAAACCGAAUUAGCCUACCCGGCAUCAUCAAAAAUGAACUGGCUGGAAUGUGGCCUCCAUGUGCUAUUCUAUUACAUACGGAUGACGUCUUUUUCCCCUGAUCCUGUCCAUUUGAUAAUGGGCCAUUCUAAAUCAAAAACUGAUUUUACAUAUUAGUAAAGACAAGAUUACAUUGAGAAUAGUCUGAUAGGUGAAAAUGUGAUCAUUUGAUAAGAGAACAGCUUUGCAGCCUGAGGCAAGGAGCAGAUGGGCAAGCUUUUUUUUUUUCAACUUUCUGAAAUCAUCAGUCGCCUGUAGUCGCAUCAUGCAGCCCAUAUAUGUUUUGAUUUCUAAGAUGUUCCAAGGUUUGUAUCAUUCACAACUAAAGUUGCCAAAUAACUCUAAAUCUAGCAUAUAGGAUCUGUUUCAAAUGAUCACUUUUACUUUCAACAUAGCCACUUCAUAUGUGCCCUAGGUCCGGAAUGGCAAAAAUAUCCUUUCUAUUUUAUUCAGUUAUAUUCUUCUUACUAUAAAAUCAUAUAAUAUAAAAUAAUAGCACAGGACUUAAAAGCAUAUCUUGUCAGCUAAAUGAACAAGCCUACGGCAUGGCGCUUAGCCAGAUAACAACAUACAGUAGGCAAACUCAUAUUCUGUUCUUCUGAAAUUGAUUUAUUGUGAUAUUGGAUAUUAAAUAGAUUUUUAGACUUUUAUUUUUAUUUGUCGAUGUUCCAAAGGUGCGCAUCAACGGCUUGGAUGAGUGGAGGCCUGGAAAUGCUAAACAUGUUUAUGUUAAUUUCACGGUCAGUUUUAUGCAUUACAAUAAACUGGCUGACAAAAUGCAAUGACCGCCACGGCCCUAACCACGCCCUUCUCCGAUGCUGGUUACAAAGCGGUACUUAUUUAAAUUAGGUAAGAGAAUAUCAUGUUACCAUUGAUGUAUUAAAAUGAGAGAGUUAGGGUGAUGUCACCCUAUCUCCUUAAUAAUCCUACCUCCUGAUCCAAGUGUUUUGAUAUGGUGGACCAGUAACUAAAUGAUUAAACUUUAUCAAUAUAGAAGCAACAGUAAUUUUUCAUAAUUUGGUCAUCAUACUUUGAUCUGGUUUCAUCCAAAUAUCAUCAAAUGUAAUCUUUAAUUUCCUUCUCUUUUCUGUGAAGUUGCUAUUGUAUUCUGCUCCAGUAUAAUGCUGUGCCCUCCGCUUAUAAAAACCUCCCAUUUGAAUGAAACUGUGAAUGAAAUCGCCCAUGAUGAUGAACUUACCAUGAGAUGUACUCCUGAGUGGCGCAGUGGUCUAAGGCACUGCAUCACAGUGCUAACUGUGCCACUAGAGAUCCUGGUUCGAAUCCAGGCUCUGUCGCCGCCGGCCGCGACCGGGAGACUCAUGGGCGGCGCACAAUUGGCCCAGCGUUGUCCAGGGUAGGGGAGGGAAUGGCCGGCAGGGAUGUAGCUCAGUUGAUAGCGCAUGGCGUUUGCAACCCCAGGGUUGUGGGUUCGAUUCCCACGGGGGGCCAGUAUAAAAAAAAAAAAACGUAUUCACUAACUGUAAGUCGCUCUGGAUAAGAGCGUCUGCUAAAUGACUAAACUGUAAACUGUAAACUAUGAAUGGUUAUGCAUAUGGUUAGUGCUGUGCUGUAAGACCUCAUUUUUCCUCCUUCCAGGUCCUCCAUGACGAGCUCUCCUCUAUGCGUCAGUGGGUCUCCAUGCACGUGUCGGACCACAGUGGCUUCCACUACCGCCAGUUCCUGCUCAAGGCCCUGGUCAGGGAGCUCAGCCAGUCCCUGUCCUCCUCCUCUCCCCAGCACUACCAUCCUCAGCCCAGCUCUAACCCUAGCCACAGCCCCCACACAGCCAACCCCCACCACCAGGCCAACGGAGAGGCCACAGCAGCAGCCCCCUGCCCCUCUCCCCCCUCCCCAGAGGACCUGGCCUCGGUGCCGGCAGUGCCCCAGCUCUUCCACCAGGAGGUGGAACUAUGUACUGACCUCAUCAAGUCUUUCCCCGGACACGAGACACUCUGGUGUCACAGGUACGAGCCUACAGGACAAUAUCACUACAGACAAAAAGGGAAACCCAGACACGUCACGGGUAUAAAUCUGAAGCAUGCGUUUAGAACUUCGACUCACCACCAAAUAUGGUCCAGUGGCGGGAAGUGGGAGAAGAUGGAGCUAGAUAAAACUUGGCCGGCAUUCUGCACAUUUUGUAAUCAAUCAAACAUUUGAUCUCAAUACCAUUUUCUGUUCCAAAAACUAUAAUCUGUUACGAAAAGUAUUGCAUUUUUUAGAAGGAGUGCAAGGGUGAAUUGAGUUAUUGCACACACACACGCACACACACACACAUCAGAGUAGGCGUUCCCUAAUGGAAAUGUGCAAAUAAAUGCUAAAACACGCCAAUAGGAUCUCGCUAGCUCGUGCAUGGCUGUGCCCACCUCCUUGCUUGUUCUACGAACUAUGCUUAAUUUGCUUCCAUUGGAAACUACGCCAGUGAUAAAUCUUGGGUUAGUUAUAAGUGUCUUUGAUAUUACGGUCACUCAACCUGGGACUACAAUGUUAGCCAACCACAGAACACAUUUUAUAUUGACACGCUCUGGCAUCACAGGCAGGAGCAUACAGGAACUCCACGUCGCUUUAUCUAGGGUGUAGCCUAACUCCAGCCUUAGUCAUAGACACUGUCUCACUACCUUCAAUAUUGGUGGCAAAUGCUUUAUUAUGCCAAUCAUGUUUAUUCUCAGUUAGACCAUGACAAUGUUCUCAGGAGUGGAUGUGAUGUGAUGGGAUGUGUUGAUGGGCCGUUAUCAUGACAUUGAUGUUGUUUUGCUGUGGAACAUUAUUUAUUCUUCUAGAGGGGAAGAACAGUGAGGGAGAACGGAGCGAGAAGAGAGGGAGAGAUUAAGACGAGAGAGCAAGGGAGAGGGAUAACAGAGAGAGAUGGACAACAGAGAGAGGGGGAGAGAAGGAGAAGAUAUGUUUUGCCCCUGGGCUGAAGACCUGCUGCACAGUAGAAAGUGUUUAUACCUGACCAGCUUUGUUGUGAUAGGGAGAAGUGAGGGGUGCCAUGGCAACAGUGUUCAUAUCCUUGUUGAUUGUGCGAGACUGAUAUAUACCUCUUAGGUUUUAAAUAUAUAUAUAUAUAUAUAUAUAUAUAUAUAUAUAUAUAUAUAUAUAUAUAUAUAUAUAUAUUUUUACAUCACAGCAGUUGUACUACACCUCAAAUACUUUAUUAAAAAGGAUAUUGUUUUUUAGCUUACAUAGUUUUGUAUCUUUUCUCUUUUCCCCCUUAAAAACAGUUUUUAUUUUUUUAAGCUUCACAUUCCCUACAGAUAAAUAAUAAAUCACCUACAAGGCUUUGCAGUGUAGCCUACUGUAUCACAUGAACAUGAUUCUAGUCCAAUGCUCAUGCGGUAUUUCAUAACCACUAUCUUCUCAAGGCGACUCGUCUUCUAUCUGUGGCACAACUGGAGGAGGGACCACGACCACCACAACGGCCAGGGCUUUGACAGCGAGUCUCCCCAGCCGAACCACACCGACACUGGGCUGAGCAGCCACCCUCACACAGCCUGCCCUGGAGGUGUGCGUCUAGACAGGGUGCAGCGCAGGAACGGACCGGCUCGGCAGGGUCAGGAUGCCAUGGAGGUGGACGUGGUGGAUGUCGGUGUCCCGGACCCCCGCGACACCAAGCGUCUGAAGAGGGGUCCCCCUGGCCCCUGCCCCCAUGCUCUGCCCUCAGAGCACAGCUUCGUAGCCAGUGUCCUGGACGGCUGCCGCUCCCCCGAGCAGGGACGCUUCGCCCUCGCAUACAGGAAGUGGCUGGACUCUGUGAUUGGUCAGUGAGAUAUAGACUGACUCGGUCAUUGGUCAGUGAGAGGAAACACUUCCUGUUCCAUUAGGGCGAGAACUGCUAAAAACUGUCCCUAGAUCAGCGUCUAGUGGCUGGUCAAUUCAUGCUAUUCUUCAAGACUCGGGAAGGGGGCUGGGGGUCUCUGAUAGGUCAAGUUAUUUGUGGCCCCUCCCACCCUCCUGGAAAUGGCUGGACUCUGAUUCAUCCGCAGAGCUUUGUCUGAGCCAAUCCCCCUUCGGAAUGGAAAUCUGAGAAGGGCUCUGCUCUGGCAGAGUAUGGCUCCUUGGCCUGUGUCGGUUAGUAGCCUUAUUUCAGGUCUCUCUCAAUGUUAGGGACUAGAACAACCAUUCUGUCAGUCGUUUUAGUUUUUUUCACUUAUGAGAUUCAUUCAUCAUGUGACCUUUGCAUCAUUCCUUUUGUCUUCCACUAACUGUAGCAGAAUAGCCUAUGUGAAGCUGCCAUGGUUAUAGGUUAUCCAUCAGUCAUCUUGUCGUUAUCUAGUCAGUUCUGCAGAAUUAAACUACUGACCACUGUGAGAUGAGCAGUGCAGCAAAUUAUUAAUUGUCAGCAUACAAAAACAAAGAACGAAAAACUAGCCAUAGUGCCCUGGUCAAAAGUAGUGCACUAUAUAGGGAAUAGGGUGACAUUUGGGACCAAAAGUAGUGCACUAUAUAGGGAAUAGGGUGCCAUUAGUCUUUGUUUCACCCUCUUAGUGGUACUUACUCUUUAGUGAUACCUGGGAUUGUAUUCACAAAGUGUUAUAUUACAAGUACUUAUAUAGGAUCAGUUUGGCCCUUUCGAUCAUAAUGGUUACUAUUACAGUGGGGGAAAAAAGUAUUUAGUCAGCCACCAAUUGUGCAAGUUCUCCCACUUAAAAAGAUGAGAGAGGCCUGUAAUUUUCAUCAUAGGUACCCGUCAACUAUGACAGACAAAUUGAGAUUUUUUUUCUCCAGAAAAUCACAUUGUAGGAUUUUUUAUGAAUUUAUUUGCAAAUUAUGGUGGAAAAUAAGUAUUUGGUCAAUAACAAAAGUUUCUCAAUACUUUGUUAUAUACCCUUAGUUGGCAAUGACACAGGUCAAACGUUUUCUGUAAGUCUUCACAAGGUUUUCACACACUGUUGCUGGUAUUUUGGCCCAUUCCUCCAUGCAGAUCUCCUCUAGAGCAGUGAUGUUUUGGGGCUGUCGCUGGGUAACACAGACUUUCAACUCCCUCCAAAGAUUUUCUAUGGGGUUGAGAUCUGGAGACUGGCUAGGCCACUCCAGGACCUUGAAAUGCUUCUUACGAAGCCACUCCUUCGUUGCCCGGGCGGUGUGUUUGGGAUCAUUGUCAUGCUGAAAGACCCAGCCACGUUUCAUCUUCAAUGCCCUUGCUGAUGGAAGGAGGUUUUCACUCAAAAUCACAUGAUACAUGGCCCCAUUCAUUCUUUCCUUUACACGGAUCAGUCGUCCUGGUCCCUUUGCAGAAAAACAGCCCCAAAGCAUGAUGUUUCCACCCCCAUGCUUCACACUAGGUAUGGUGUUCUUUGGAUGCAACUCAGCAUUCUUUGUCCUCCAAACACGAUGAGUUGAGUUUUUACCCCAAAAAUUAUAUUUUGGUUUCAUCUGACCAUAUGACAUUCUCCCAAUCCUCUUCUGGAUCAUCCAAAUGCACUCUAGCAAACUUCAGACGGGCCUGGACAUGUACUGGCUUAAGCAGGGGGACACGUCUGGCACUGCAGGAUUUGAGUCCCUGGCGGCGUAGUGUGUUACUGAUGGUAGGCUUUGUUACUUUGGUCCCAGCUCUCUUGCGUGGAGCCCCAGAUCGAGGGAGAUUAUCAGCGGUCUUGUAUGUCUUCCAUUUCCUAAUAAUUGCUCCCACAGUUGAUUUCUUCAAACCAAGCUGCUUACCUAUUGCAGAUUCAAUCUUCCCAGCCUGGUGCAGGUCUACAAUUUUGUUUCUGGUGUCCUUUGACAGCUCUUUGGUCUUGGCCAUAGUGGAGUUUGGAGUGUGACUGUUUGAGGUUGUGGACAGGUGUCUUUUAUACUGAUAACAAGUUCAAACAGGUGCCAUUAAUACAGGUAACGAGUGGAGGACAGAGGAGCCUCUUAAAGAAGAAGUUACAGGUCUGUGAGAGCCAGAAAUCUUGCUUGUUUGUAGGUGACCAAAUACUUAUUUUCCACCACAAUUUGCAAAUAAAUUCAUAAAAAAUCCUACAAUGUGAUUUUCUGGAGAAAAAAAAUCUCAAUUUGUCUGUCAUAGUUGACGGGUACCUAUGAUGAAAAUUACAGGCCUCUCUCAUCUUUUUAAGUGGGAGAACUUGCACAAUUGGUGGCUGACUAAAUACUUUUUUUCCCCACUGUACAUGGUCAGCCCAGCCAGUCAAUCUCCCCUCGAAAAAAGCGUAUUUUCCCAAUGCUUCUAACCUAGCGUUUGGUACAGCGGGGUAAUAGCUGAGUCUUGCUGUGUGACUAUCCGACCUGUGGAAGGUUGCUGGAUCGAAUCCCCGAGCUGACAAGGUAAAAAUCUGUCGUUGUGCCCCUGAGCAAGGCGGUUAACCCACUGUUCCCCGGGCGCUGACGACGUGGAUGUCGAUUAAGGCAGCCCCACCGCACCUCUGAUUCAGAGGGGUUGGGUUAAAUGCGGAAGACACAUUUCAGUUGAAUGCAUUGUUGUUCAACUGACUAGGUAUCCCCCUUUUCCUUCCCUUUCCCAACAUGUUGUGGUUCAUUUUGUUGUGAUCUCCACAGUGCAUAUGAACGUGACGAGACUGACAGCUUCUCUGAUCCAGGCGAAUUCAUUUAUCAGGAUCAUUAUAAUGAAUAUAUCCAAAGAAUUGGCAAUAGAAACGAAGUUAAAACAAACGAAAAUGCACAUAGUUUGUUGUCAUUUCAGCUGCUUGAUGUCACUGUGUAUUAGCUUUAGUUGGCUAGCUAGCAAAGGAGAAGUACCGUUAGCCUAGCUAUCCCAUAAAUAUCUUAUUGACUCGACAAUCAGCUGGUUGUUGCCUAUUUAUAAAGUAUUUAUUAAAUCAUUAUUUAUUGAAGUUCUCGUCUCUUGUCAUCACUGAACCUCUGCUAGCUAGCUACAUGGCAAUGAUUUGUUUAGCAUAGCAAAGUGGAAUGAAUAGAAUGAAAGACUGGGUCAAAACAUAAUAGAGUUUAUGACCAGCCUGUUUGCACUGGUGGAUUUACCAUUAGGCAGAAGAGGUAAUUGCCUCAGGACUCAUGAGCUGGGCAUAAAAUAAAAUAAACAUUUUAAAUUUAAAUAAUUUCUCAGCUUGAGGCCCCCCAAUGCUCCGCUCGAGGCAUUAUUUAUAUAUAUAUAUAUACAGUGAGGGAAAAAAGUAUUUGAUCCCCUGCUGAUUUUGUAAGUUUGCCCACUGACAAAGAAAUGAUCAGUCUAUAAUUUUAAUGGUAGGUUUAUUUGAACAGUGAGAGACAGAAUAACAACAAAAAAAUCCAGAAAAAUGCAUGUCAAAAAUGUUAUAAAUUGAUUUGCAUUUUAAAGAGGGAAAUAAGUAUUUGACCCCCUCUCAAUCAGAAAGAUUUCUGGCUCCCAUGUGUCUUUUAUACAGGUAACGAGCUGAGAUUAGGAGCACACUCUUAAUGGGAGUGCUCCUAAUCUCAGUUUGUUACCUGUAUAAAAGACACCUGUCCACAGAAGCAAUCAAUCAAUCAGAUUCCAAACUCUCCACCAUGGCCAAGACCAAAGAGCUCUCCAAGGAUGUCAGGGACAAGAUUGUAGACCUACACAAGGCUGGAAUGGGCUACAAGACCAUCGCCAAGCAGCUUGGUGAGAAGGUGACAACAGUUGGUGCGAUUAUUCGCAAAUGGAAGAAACACAAAAGACCUGUCAAUCUCCCUCGGCCUGGGGCUCCAUGCAAGAUCUCCCAUCGUGGAGUUGCAUUGAUCAUGAGAACGGUGAGGAAUCAGCCCAGAACUACACGGGAGGAUCUUGUCAAUGAUCUCAAGGCAGCUGGGACCAUAGUCACCAAGAAAACAAUUGGUAACACACUACGCCGUGUUGUGGUCAGAUGAGACCAAAAUGGAGCUCUUUGGCAUCAACUUAACUCGCUGUGUUUGGAGGAGGAGGAAUGCUGCAUAUGACCCCAAGAACACCAUCCCCACCGUCAAACAUGGAGGUGGAAACAUUAUGCUUUGGGGGUGUUUUUCUGUUAAGGGGACAGGACAACUUCACUGCAUCAAAGGGACGAUGGACGGCGCCAUGUACUGUCAAAUCUUGGGUGAGAACCUCCUUCCCUCAGCCAGGGCAUUGAAAAUGGGUCGUGGAUGGGUAUUCCAGCAUGACAAUGACCCAAAACACACGGCCAAGGCAACAAAGGAGUGGCUCAAGAAGAAGCACAUUAAGGUCCUGGAGUGGCCUAGCCAGUCUCCAGACCUUAAUCCCAUAGAACAUCUGUGGAGGGAGCUGAAGAUUCGAGUUGCCAAACGUCAGGCUCGAAACCUUAAUGACUUGGAGAAGAUCUGCAAAGAGGAGUGGGACAAAAUCCCUCCUGAGAUGUGUGCCAACCUGGUGGCCAAAUACAAGAAACGUCUGACCUCUGUGAUUGCCAACAAGGGUUUUGCCACCAAAGUACUAAGUCAUGUUUUGCAGAGGGGUCAAAUACUUAUUUCCCUAAUUAAAAUGCAAAUCAAUUCAUAACAUUUUUGACAUGUGUUUUUCUGGAUUUUUUUGUUGUUAUUCUGUCUCUCACUGUUCAAAUAAACCUACCAUUCAAAUUAUAGACUGAUCAUGUCUUUGUCAGUGGGCAAACGUACAAAAUCAGCAGGGGAUCAAAUACUGUGUCACUAGAGAUCCUGGUUCGAAUCCAGGCUCUGUCGUAGCCGGCCGCGACCGGGAGACCCAUGGGGCGGCGCACAAUUGGCCCAGCGUCGUCCAGGGUAGGGGAGGGAAUGGCCGGCAGGGGAUGUAGCUCAGUUGGUAGAGCAUGGCGUUUGCAACGCCAGGGUUGUGGGUUCGAUAAAAUAAUGUAUGUGCUAACUGUAAGUCGCUCUGGAUAAGAGCGUCUGCUAAAUGACUUAAAUGUAAAUAUAUAUAUACACACACAGUUGAAGUAGGAAGUUUACAUACACCUUAGCCAAAUACAUUUAAACUCAGUUUUUCACAAUUCCUGACAUUUAAUCCUAGUACAAGUUCCCUGUCUUAGGUCAGUUAGGAUCACCACUUUAUUUUAAGAAUGUGAAAUGUCAGAAUAAUAGUAGAGUGAUUUAUUUCAGCUUUUAUUUAUUUCAUCACAUUCCCAGGGGGUCAGAAGUUUACAUACACUCAAUUAUUAUUUGGUAGCAUUGCCUUUAAAUUGUUUAACUUGGGUCAAACGUUUCGGGUAGCCUUACGCAAGCUUCCCACAAUAAGUUGGGUGAAUUUUGGCCCAUUCCUUCUGACAUAGCUGGUGUAACUGAGUCAGGUUUGUAGGCCUCCUUGCUCGCACACGCUUUUUCCGUUCUGCCCACACAUUUUCUAUAGGAUUAAGGUCAGGGCUUUGUGAUGGCCACUCCAAUACCUUGACUUUGAUGUCCUUAAGCCAUUUUGCCACAACUUUGGAAAUAUGCUUGAAGUAAUUGUCCAUUUGGAAGACCCAUUUGCGACCAAGCUUUAACUUCCUGACUGAUGUCUUGAGAUGUUGCUUCAAUAUAUCCACAUCAUUUUCCUUCCUCAUGAUGCCAUCUAUUUUGUGAAGUGCACCAGUCCCUCCUGCAGCAAAGCACCCCCACAUCAUGAUGCUGCCACCCCCGUGCUUCACGGUUGGAAUGGUGUUCUUCGGCUUGCAAGCCAUCCCCUUUUUCCUCCAAACAUAACGAUGGUCAUUAUGGCCAAACAGUUCUAUUUUUGUUUAAUCAGAUCAGAGGGCAUUUCUCCAAAAAGUACGAUCUUUGUCCCCAUGUGCAGUUGCAAACCGUAGUCUGGCUUUUUUAUGGCGGUUUUGGAGCAGUGGCUUCUUUCUUGCGGAGCUGCCUUUCAGGUUAUGUAGAUAUAGGACUCGUUUUACUGUAGAUACUUUUGUACCUGUUUCCUCCAGCAUCUUCACAAGGUCCUUUGCUGUUGUUCUGGGAUUGAUUUGCACUUUUCGCACCAAAGUACAUUCAUCUCUAGGAGACAGAACGCGUCUCCUUCCUGAGCGGUAUGACGGCUGCGUGGUCCCAUGGUGUUUAUACUUGCGUACUAUUGUUUGUACAGAUGAACGUGGUACCGUCAGGCAUUUGGAAAUUGCUCCCAAGGAUGAACCAGACUUGAGGAGGUCUACACAUUUUUUUCUGACCUCUUGGCUGAUUUCUUUUGAUUUUCCCAUGAUGUCAAGCAAAGAGGCACUGAGUUUGAAGGUAGGCCUUGAAAUAUAUCCACAGGUACACCUCCAAUUGACUGAAAUGAUGUAAAUUAGCCUAUCAGAAGCUUCUAAAGCCACGACAUCAUUUUCUGGAUUUUUCCAAGCUGUUUAAAGACACAGUCAACUUAGUGUAUGUAAACUUCUGACCCACUUGAAUUGUGAUACAGUGAAUUAUACAGUGAGGGAAAAAAGUAUUUGAUCCCCUGCUGAUUUUGGACGUUUGCCCACUGACAAAGAAAUUAUCAGUCUAUAAUUUUAAUGGUAGAUUUAUUUGAACUGUGAGAGACAGAAUAACAACGAAAACAUCCAGAAAAAUGCAUGUCAAAAAUGUUAUAAAUUGAUUUGCAUUUUAAUGAGGGAAAUAAGUAUUUGACCCCUCUGCAAAACAUGACUUAGUACUUGGUGGCAAAACCCUUGUUGGCAAUCACAGAGGUCAGACGUUUCUUGUAGUUAGCCACCAGGUUUGCACACAUCUCAGGAGGGAUUUUGUCCCACUCCUCUUUGCAGAUCUUCAAAUACUUUUUUCCCUCACUGUACUUCCUUUUGAUAAAUUGUUUUACUUUUUCCAUGUAUGAAUCUGUUAUCCAAUGUGUUUCUAUGGGCUAAUAGCAGGAAGGCCAAAUUAAAUGUUUUAUCAAAUAAUUUGGAUAUAUUUUUUUAAACCUACAGGGGUCCUAUAAUUCGAAAUCAAAUAGCUAAAUGAUCUUUGGUAUGACAAUGUUAAAACAAUUCCAUAUGUUAGCUUAGUAGAAAACCAGCCCGGGCUCUUAGACUCUCUAAGGGGAUACGAUGCACAUUUCUUUAGUAAAAAGACAGAUGUCAAGCGUCGGCUAGAGUGGUGUAUAGCUCGCCCCAAACGCCUUCUCUGGCAGGCCCAAUGUAUAAUGCCAAAUGUAAAGUUUGGUGGAGGAGGAAUAAUGGCCUGGGGCUGUUUUUCAUGGUUCAGGCUAGGCCCCUUAGUUCCAGUGAAGGGAAAUCUUAACGCGACAGCAUACAAUGACAUUCUAGACGAUUCUGUGCUUCCAACUUUGUGGCAACAGUUUGGGGAAGGCCCUUUCCUGUUUCAGCAUGACAAUGCCCCCGUGCACAAAGUGAGUUCCAUACAGAAAUGGUUUGUCGAGAUCGGUGUGGAAGAACUUGACUGGCUUGCAAAGAGCCCUGACCUCAACCCCAUUGAACACCUUUGGGAUGAAUUGGAACGCCGACUGCGAACCAGGCGUAAUCGCCCAACAUCAGUGCCCGACCUCACUAAUGCUCUUGUGACUGAAUGGAUCAAGUCCAUUCCUUCCCAGAAGAGUGGAGGCUGUUAUAGCAGCAAAGGGGGAACCAACUCCAUAUUAACGCCCAUGAUUUUGGAAUGAGAUGUUCCACGAGCAGGUGUCCACAUACCUUUGUUCCCAGGACGGGACUAUUGUGUAUUUUGAUCACACCAUCGCACGCUCUCUCUCGCUCUGUCUCACUCCCCUGUUUAACAUUCAGCAAGCAAGAGCAAGCUGGAAACUCUCCUCGAUAGGCUAGUAGUAGUAAAUAAUUAUAUUUUAGUGUAGCUUUUCCUGGGACUCGACUAAGAGGAAUAGCUGUAGUAGCUGAGAGGUAGUGGAGGCCAGGUGCGUAGAACCAUGAAGACAGGUGUAGCUAGCCUAAGUUAUGUAGAAGCCAUAAUUCAUUAGCUGAAUAUUAGGCCUAAUACUGCAGUGAAUAGCCUAUACCCAAUGAACUUACACAGUGAAAUAAAAAUUGUUAAUCAGAUUAUGGAAUGACAGGUAGCCUAGGACCCCAGGCUGCGCUCCCACUCCCCUCAGGCACACAGCUCGAACAUCUCCCCAAUUCAUUAAGCUUUUUAGGGACAAGAAAAUGAUCAUACCUAAGCUAUAACAACACAAUACAAUAAUGUUAUUUUUUCUAGUGAGUAAAUAAUAGUCUAGGUUGUAAACUGCAGUGAAUAGCCUAUGCCAUUUCAAUAACCGCUAAAAAGCCCUGCGUUUUGAAUGCAUGUUUCAUAAUGAAAUAAUAAUAAUAAUCCAAAUGGAUCAGUAAUGGAUAUUUUCUAUACAGUUUACAAGGUCCAGAAAGGCACAUUAGCAGGUCAUUCAUAGUGUUUAUUUUGUCAGGAGGCAUCAACGUUAACAGAUGGCCUACCAUCGGAGAAUAUGGCCUUCUCAUGCGCUGUUAAUAGUGGAUAAUCUCCCAAGUCGUCCUAUAAUUAAUGUGGCCAACAAUAUGCGCAGUCAGUUAUUCAGCCUUUUCUACUCUCUGAGCAACUAGAACCAAGAACGCUUCAGUCUAACACGUUCUUGGUUGGUUGUCAAUGUUUUAUCAUCGGCGGGACAGGUAAGAAAUUGCACAAAGUGAUCCAAACGAUAGCUCUAAUCGUUCUCCACUCUUUUUGUAGUUAUCGUUGUAGUGUGAACGCUCCUGUUCACUUGAAUUAGAACGUAGAUUAAAGUAUAUAUGUAUAUAUAUAUACACACACAGUGCCUUCUGAAAGUAUUCAGACCCCUUGACUUUUUCCACAUUUUGUUAGGUUACAGCCUUAUUCUAAAAAGGAUAAAAUUGUUUUUUUCCCUCAUCAAUCUGCACAAAAUACCCAAUAAUGACAAAGCAAAAACAGACCCUUUACUCAGUACUUUGUUGAAGCACCUUUGGCAGCGAUUACAGCCUCAAGUCUUCUUUGGUAUGAGGGUACAAGCUUGGCACACCUGUAUUUGUGGAGUUUCUCCCAUUCUUCUCUGCAGAUCCUCUCAAGCUCUGUCAGGUUGGAUGGGGAACUUCGCUGCACAGCUAUUUUCAGGUCUCUCCAGAGAUGUUUGAUUGGGUUCAAGUCCGGGCUCUGGCUGGGCCACUCAAGGACAUUUCAGAGACUUGUCCUGAAACCACUCCUGCGUUGUCUUGGCUGUGUGCUUAGGGUCGUUGUCCUGUUGGAAGGUGAACCUUCACCCCAGUCUGAGGUCCUGAGCUCUCUGGAGCAGGUUUUCAGCAAGGAUAUCUCUGUACUUUGCUCUGUUAAUCUUUGCCUCAAUCCUGACUAGUCUCCUAGUCCCUGCCACUGAAAACAUCCCCACAGCAUGAUGCUACCACCACCAUGCUUCACCGUAGGGAUGGUGCCAGGUUUCCUCCAGACGUGAUGCUUGGCAUUCAGGCCAAAGAGUUCAAUCUUGGUUUCAUCAGACCAGAACAUUUUGUUUCUCAUGGUCUGAGAGUCUUUAGGUGCCUUUUGGCAAACUCUUCUCAUGUGCCUUUUACUGAGGAGUGGCUUCUGUCUGGCCACUCUACCAUAAAGGCCUGAUUGGUGGAGUGCUGCAGAGAUGGUUGUCCUUCUGGAAGGUUCUCCCAUCUCCACAGAGGAACUCUAGAGCUCUGUCAGAGUGACCAUCGGGUUCUUGGUCACCUCCCUGACCAAGGCCCUUCUCCUCGAUUGCUCAGUUUGGCCAGGCGGCCAGCUCUAGGAAGAGUCUUGGUGGUUCCAAACUUCUUCCAUUUAAGAAUGAUGGAGGCCACUGUGUUCUUGGGGACCUUCAAUGCUGCAGACAUUUUUUGGUACCCUUCCCCAGAUCUGUGCCUUGACACAAUCCUGUCUCUGAGCUCUACGGACAAUUCCUUCGACCUCAUGCCUUGGUUUUUGCUCUGACAUGCACUGUCAACUGUGGGACCUUAUAUAGACAGGUGUGUGCCUUUCCAAUUCAUGUCCAAUCAAUUGUAUUUACCACAGGUGGACUCCAAUCAAGUUGUAGAAACAUCUCAAGGAUGAUCAAUGGAAACAGGAUGCACCUGAACACAAUUUCUAGUCUCAUAGCAAAGGGUCUGAAUACUUAUGUAAAUAAGAUCUUUGUUUUAUUUUUAACACAUUUGCUAAAAUUUCUAAAAACCUGUUUUCGCUUUGUCAUUAUGGGGUAAUGUGUGAGGAAAAAAUGCACUGUAUAUACGUUAAGAGAUGUUUAUGUUUUUGAUCCAUUCUGAUUUUCGGUCUCAACCUAUAUAGGCUACUAAAGGUAAUCAAACACUACACUUGGCCACCUGUAAUAAGUAUUAGAAUCAGAUUCUUGGUUACUCUAUGGUUAAUUAUGAUAAAUACAGUAUAACAAUCUUUUGGCGGUGUUACUAGUUACAUCAUCUCAUCGUUCAUCACCGACGUCCUGUUCUCUAAGCGUGUCAUCACAACCUCUUGUACGCAGAUCAUAUCUACA